AUGUCGUCCUUUUUCACUGUACCCAAUUCCCAACGCAAGAGGAAGAGAGACGACCGCGCCGGAGCCCCAGGAUCAAAAAAACGAGGCGUAGAUGCCAAAGCCGACGGUGGUCGACGCACCAAAGAGAGAGAAGAAUCAAUCUCAGGUAGCGACUUGGAUGAAGAUGCUGCAAUCGAUACGGCAGAGUCAGACGAUAGUGGAUCGGACUCAGAAGACGGCGAAACCGCGGCGGACCGAAGAUUGAAACUCGCUGAACGCUAUCUGGGUAACAUCCAAGAAGAAGUUGACGAAGCUGGAUUUGAUGCCGCAGAUAUCGACCGAGACUUGAUUGCGGAGCGAUUGAAGAAGGAUGUCGAUGAGUUCAAAGGACGGACAUUCCGUCAAAUUGCUGCGAAACUAUCCGUUCCCACGGCGCCCCAUUCCUUUUUCCGCUCAGAUACCCAGUCCAGCACUGCCAUCGCAGUCCACCCGCCAUUUGUCUACAUUGUUUCAAAGGACAAGACUUUGACCAAGUGGGAAUUGGCUACACCUAGUGUACCAGGCUCUACAGAAUCGAACGGCGAUAAUGAUACUUCUAAGCGGCCUCCGCGCCCCCAGCGCAAGAAGCCCAAGCGUGUGAAGUACGCUCGGGGUAUGCGCAAAGUUGGCGAAUCAGGCGAGGACCAAGGACAUACCGGAAGCAUCCUCUCUGUUGCCGUCUCACCUUCUGGAAAAUUCGUGGCCACCGGUGGAGCAGACAAUAAGCUUAUCAUCUGGGACGCAGAGACUUUGACGCCAACCAAGACCUUCUUGCACCACAGAGACUCGGUUUGCACCUUGUCGUUCGCACGCCAUAUCUCAACGAUGAGCUCCGGAGAGCAGCUGUUCUCCGGUUCGUACGAUCGUACAAUUAAGACAUGGUCCAUCAGUGGAGCGGGCCACGCCUACGUCGAAACACUCUUCGGCCACCAGGAUCACGUUACCGGAAUUGCUGCCAUGACUAUUGACGAAUGUGUCAGUGUUGGUGCUCGGGAUCGUACCGCCCGUUUGUGGAAGGUUGUCGAGGAAACACAGCUCGUGUUCCGUGGUGGCGCCUCUAGAAAUGCCCCUUACCACGAGAGCAACAUUGACUGCAUUGCCCCCCUUCCACCCACGCACUUCGUCACUGGCUCAGAUUCCGGCUCCCUCUGCCUUUGGUCGGUCCACAAGAAGAAGCCAAUCUACACCGUCCGUCUUGCUCACGGCUUGGACCCCAUCCCCCCUCUGGAUGUGUUAUCACCCGAGGCAGACGAGGCGACUGCCGCCCACAACACGCGCCACAUGCGACCCAUGCCUCGCUGGAUCACCGCCCUCGCUACCCUACCAGGUACCGAUGUUGUCCUCAGUGGCAGCUGGGACGGUUUCAUCCGCGCAUGGCGCGUGUCAGAAGAUAAAAAGACACUUAUCGCUCUGGGUCCCAUCGGUGCAAGCAUACCUGGUACCGUGACACCAGAUACGCCCUCCCAGCAACUCAACCAGACUCUUGCUCUUGAUGCCACCCCCGCGCCGGAUCAAAAAGAGCCAGAGCCUUUGAUCAAGGGCGUCAUCAAUGACAUUGCGGUCUUCGAACGACGCCCUGAAUCUGAUAUGCCUGGUGCAGACAAACAUAAGUCCGAGACCGAGCAAGAACCUCGUGGUUUGUCCAUCGUCGCCGCUGUCGGCAAGGAGCACCGAUUGGCUCGCUGGAAGUGCUUCAACAACAAUUUCCAUGAGGGUCCCACUUCGGGAGGUCGAAAUGGUGCUGUUGUCUUCGAAGUUCCGUUUGUUACUAAUGACACUGUGAAGGCUGAUGUAUAA